AUGAGAGGGAUCGUUCUAAAUAUUGACCCGUAUUUUGUUAGAAAAUGGGGUCGAGCUGUGGGUGUGCGCUUUAAAGAGGGAGUAGUUUUGGCAGCACACCGUCUGGAAACCUUCAGAGAAAACUCUGGAGGGCAAGACACCUUGGUAUUUGCCAUGACUGGAGAUCCUGUACGAGCAGAGAAAGCAAGACAGGGUUUGAUCCAAAAGGUAACUUAUAUUCUCUCAGAUGAAAUGGGAGGGAAUUUGUUCCUUGUUUCUUUUGCAAACACAAGUGUUUCGUUUAAACCGGAUGCAUAUGCUGCUGGAUCAGGAUCAAUGUCUUCGCAUGCGGCCCUUGAUAUGCUAUAUGAGAAGAAUAUGUCACUAGAAGAGGCAACAGAUCUCGCCCUACAAGCUAUCUAUGAUGCUGCUUUUUCCCAUACAGUGGACGGACAGGCAGUUGAGGCAGUUGACGGAGACGUCACUUUCAAGCGUCAUGAUGUCAAGGAUCUACAUGCAAAAUAUGGCCACCUGGUAGCAUCUUUCUUUAUAUUAAGAGACCCCAAAAAGCCACAUGUCGUUCCCACAAUCAUUUUGGUUUGUGUUCCCACAAUCAUUUUGGUUUGUGGUGAAGCCAUGUAA